AUGAGCACAACUAGCGCAUCAGGAAAAAAGAAAGGACCUCGAUUGGAUGAGAUAAAAGAGAAACGCGAACGCGUCCUGCAGCGUUUCAACAAAUUUAAAGAUGGAUCUCAAGAUCUUAAAAAGAAGUUAGAAGAUGCCCGUGAUUUUCAACGGUUCAAGCGCAAUGUCAGUGAAUUGGAAGAGUGGAUUGAUGAACAAAUGAAGAUAGCAAAUGAUGAAUCUUAUAAAGAUCCGGUUAACAUACAGAUAAAGGUUAAGCGUCAUGAAGACUUUCAAGGGGUUAUAGCCAAGCAAAAGGACGUUUUAGAUGAGCUGGUCAAAGAAGGAAGUGAUAUGAUCGAUAACGAGCACCUAUUCUUCGAACAAAUCCAGGAACUCCUUAAGCAAUUGCUAAAUCAUUGGGAGGAAUUAGAUGAUAAAUUAUCGAGCAAAGGAGCAAAAUUAAGAGAAACUCAAAAGUUAUCAGCCUUUACGCGAGAAGUCGAUGAGUUAUUGGCAUGGAUUGCUGAAAAAGAAGCGGUUGCUAGCUCCGAUGAUUACGGAAGAGAUUUGGAACAUGCUGAAUUUUUAUUUAAAAAGUUCGAAGAAGUACAAAUUGAAGUAAAAACUGGAGAGCUUCGCGUUGAGCACGUGAAGGAGGUCGCUCAGCCGCUUAUUGAUGAGGAUCAUCCCGGUAAAGAAACUGUCACGGAGAGAAUUGAGACUAUAAUCGUUGCUUGGGAGAAACUACUUAUUACUAUCCAAAUUCGCCAUGAUAAGUUGUUGGCAUCUGUAGAGAAGAAUAGAUAUAAAAAUGCUGUCGAAGAUGCCAAACAGUGGAUCGAUGAACGUCUUGCAUCAGUAAAAGAUGAUGAUGAUCCAUCUAAUGAAGAAAAUGCUGCAGCGAUUAAGCGAAAGCAUGAUAGAAUAGGCAAUGAAGUUGCAGCCAUUGAAGAAAAGGUUAACCAACUCCAAGCUCAAGCAAAUGAACUUUGUGAUAAAUUCCCUGACGAUGAAGAUGAAAUACGAGCCGGUUCUGAUAGUCUUGAUGAGAAAUGGAAUAGCUUGAAAGAUGAGGUUAAUAUGAAGAGACUUAAGCUAAAUAGUGGUUUAAACUGGCUGUCACUUCAAUCGAGAUGCAAAGACUAUGAAAUGUGGGCAAACACAAAGAAAAGCGAUCUAGCAGAAGAUAUCACUAAAGAAAAUAUCAGUGCUGAUGUUUUAGAAGCUCAGCACGAAGAAUUAAAGCAUGAAAUUCGAGCUAGAAAUGAAAACCUAGAUGAAUUACUUGAAGAAUGCGACCAGUUACUUGUAUCAGAUCAUCAAUCAUCAGACAGUAUCAAAAACAAAGUUAGUAAUGAAGUUUUUCUUACUAUGGAUUUAUUAAAGAAUUUACGAGAAGAACUUCUCGAAGAUUGGGAAGAAAGAAACGGAGUGAUCGAAAUAAUGGCUUCAUAUCAAGAAUAUGUUCGUGGCGUUAACCAAGUUGAUAGUUGGAUGGAUAAACGAGAGCCGUUACUAGCAACAGAUAUGCCUAUCGAGAGUUUAGAUUCGGCACAAGCUUUGAUUAAAAAACAUGAAAAUUUUGAAACAACUUUUACAACUCAGCAAGAGAAAGCUAAAACCCUUUAUGAGAGCGCUGAUAAGUUAGUAGACGAAAAUCAUUACGCAACAGAAGAUAUCGUAAACCGGAAAAACAAGCUUGAAAAACAUAUUCAAGACACUGUUCUCAAAGCGGAAAGAAGACGGCAUUUUUUGGAUGAUGCUCAUCAGUAUUAUAACUUUGUUAACGUAGCAGAAGAAACAAUUCAGUGGAUAAAUGAGCAGAUUACUACAGUUAGUGAUGACUCUUAUAAGGACUUAUCCAACAUGCAAGGCAAACUUCGUAAACAUCAAGCCUUUGAAGCAGAAGUUUCUGCAAAUAGAACACGAAUAGACAAUGUUAAUAAUUCCGGAAAAGCUUUAAUCGAAGCUGAACACCCAAAAACUGAUAAAAUUGAAGAUAAACUAGAUGAAAUCAAUGGAUUAUGGGAUAAACUUGUUCGCUUAUCAUCGGAUAAAGGCUCAAAAUUAAGAGAUGCCCAUCGAGAAUUACUAUUCAAUAGAGAAGUUGAUGAUAUGGAACGUUGGAUAGCAGAAGUGGAGUUACAAUUAUAUUCUGAAGACAUUGGCAGAGAUCUGGUCAGCGUACAAAAUUUGAUAAAGAAACAUACCCUAUUAGAGGCCGAUAUAGCAGCUCAUACUGAAGCCUUGAAAGCAAUUACAGAACAAGCAGAUGCUUUCAUCUCCGAAGAACAUUUCCAUGCUGAUAGUAUUAAAGAUAAGCAACAACAAGUUGCCUUGAGAUUUUCAGGACUUGAGGAUCCAGUCUCAGAACGAAAAGCAAAACUUAAUGAUUCUCUACUGCUGUUUCAAUUUUUGAGAGACGUAGAAGAUGAAGAAACCUGGAUUCGAGAAAAAGAGGCUAUUGCUUCUUCAGGUAGCCAUGGCCGAGAUCUCCUAACGGUACAGAGUUUAAUAAAGAAGCAUCAAGCAAUGCAAACCGAGAUUGAUAACCACGAAACAAAAAUAGAUGCUGUAUGUGCAGAUGGACAAAAGCUUAUUGAUGAUGAACAUUAUGCAACGAACGAUAUAAAUGAAGGAAUAAAUAAACUGAAAGACGCAUGGAAUUUGCUUAAGGACAAAUGUAUUGGAAGAAAAAGUGAAUUGGAUGACUCGUUGCGAACUCACCAGUACUUUGCUGAUAGUAGCGAGGCAGAACAAUGGAUUAAAGAUAAAGAUCAACUAACAUCAAGUACUGAUUACGGCAAAGACGAAGAUAGUGCUCAGGAUAUUAAACCAUCUGCGUCGGAAGUCCCUCCUGGUACGGAAAUGAAAGCUUUAGAAGACUUCGACCCAGAUAGUUCACAUGAACUAUCGUUACAAAAAGACGACGUAGUAUCCGUUGUGCAUGCUGCCAAUCCCAAAUGGUGGAAGGUUGUUAAAGAUGACAAGGUCGGUUUUGUUCCCGCUUCCAUCUUGAUGCAGGUAUCCGACAAUUCGAGUGAAACGCCUCUAAGUCCUGUUUCAUCGCUAAGUCCAACGGUACGGCCAAGAUCGGUAUCGAGAUUAUCGGUCUCUCGCAUGUCUAUGAUGGGUCCAGUUGAGUUAGAAAAUGUUGCAAGUCGCCAACAAGCUCUAGAUGAUAGGUAUAAUGCACUGCUCAAGAAAGCAAGAGAAAGACGACAGAAGUUAGUAGACUCUUAUAAACGCCAUGGACUAAGCCGUGAAAUGAGCGAACUUGAAACAUGGAUCGAAGAGAAAAAAGCUGCCAAUACUUCAGCUGAAUUAGGAAAUGAUCUAGAUCAUGUUGAAGCUUUAAAACAAAAGUUCGACGAUUUUCUUAAAGAUCUUGAGGCAAAUGAAACACGUGUCAAUGAAGUUAAUGAAGUUUCGCAAAAAUUACAGAACGAAGGUCAUUCUGAUGCUGAAGCAAUUCGGCAACAAACAUUGAAUUUGUUAGAAAAUUGGGACAAUCUCAAAAAAUUGACGGAAAAACGCAGAGCUGACCUGAGUGGUUCUCACGAUAUUCACAAGUUCUUUAGGGAUGCUGAUGAGACGACGUCCUAUAUAAGUGAGAAAGUUGCCGUAAUGUCCUCUGAUGAAGUCGGACGAGAUCUAGCUAGCGUUCAAGCACUGAUGCGCAAGCAUGAUGGAAUUGAACGAGAUAUUGCGGUCUUAGAAGAUAAGAUUCAAGGACUUGAUGUUGAAGCUACAAAAUUAGCGGAAAUCCACCCAGAUUCUGCGGAAAGAAUUUGCGCUAAGCAAUCUGAAAUCGCUGAAGCUUGGGAUAACCUCGUGAAACAGGCAGCAUCACGAAAAGCCAAACUAACCGACUCUCAGGACUAUCAACAAUUUUUAAAUGAUCACAGGGAUAUAUCUUCUUGGAUUAAUGGUAUGAAUUCAUUGGUUUCAUCCAAUGAAUUAGCUCAUGAUGUUCCUGGAGCUGAAACCCUUCUUGAAGUGCACCUGGAACAUCGAACCGAGAUUGAUUCUCGUGACGAAAGUUUGCAAAAUUUAAAAAAUUUUGGUCAAAGUUUAAUUGACAAGGAACACUAUGCAAGUGAAGAUAUAAGUGAGAAAUUAUCUUCAAUUCAAGUGGAUAUGCAGCAGUUAGAAAACAAUUGGGAGUUUAGAAAAGUGCGGCUUGAUCAAUGUCUUGGCCUACAGAUGUUCCACAGGGAUGCUCAACAAGCUGAAAGUUGGAUGUCUGUUAAAGAAAAUUUUUUCUCUACAUACGACAUUGCAGCUCAAGAAGAUACCACAGGUAGCAAAAAGCGUGAGAAUCUUGACAAAGCCUUUGCCUUACAGGAAGAAAAAAUUAAUGCCUUAAGGGAUAUGUCUGAUCUGCUAACUGAAGAAGGUCAUUAUGAUGCCGAGUCUAUUGCUAGUAAACGCGACGAAAUUCUUGACAGAUGGAAUAAACUAAAGGACAUGUUGGAAUCUCAUCGCUCUAAACUUGGACAAACAAAAACCCUAAAUCAAUUCAAUCUCGAUGCAGACGAAAUGGAAGGAUGGCUAAAUGACAAAUUGAAAUCACUACAAGACGACUCCUAUCAAGAUCCAGCUUUCGUUCAAAGUAAAUUGCAGAAGCAACAAGCUUUGGAAGCAGAAGUAGCUGCAAAUGAAGAUCGUAUUAAAGCAGUUAUUGAUAUGGGAAAUGAUCUUAUGGCCAAUGACGCUUGCUCUGGUAACGAAGAGGAUGUUAAGAAGCGUAUUAAAGAUUUGGAAGAUCAAUUGCUGAAAUUAAAGGAACAAAUGUCGGAAAAAAACACAAGACUGAAGGAAGCUAGCGUCCUUUUACAAUUUACAAAUACCGUGAAGGACUUAGACUUUUGGUUUGUACAGAUCGAAGUUUUACUGACUGGUGAAGAUUACGGUAAAGAUUUAGUAACCGUCUCCAACAUUCUAAAAAAGCAUCAAGUACUCCUAGCUGACGUUGAAGUCCAUGCGGAACGUGUUGAGGAUCUAAAAAAACAAGGACAAGACCUAAUUGCUGGUGAUCAUUAUGGCAAGGAUACUAUCGCGGAACAGAUCAAAGAUGUCGCUGAUAAAUUUAACAAAGUAAAAGGUCUUUGCGCAGUUCGCCACGACAAGCUACAAAAGUCAUACAUACUAUUUCAGUUCUAUCGUGAUAUCGAAGAUGAAGAGACAUGGAUAAGUGAAAAGAAGCUACUCAUGGGCUCGGAAGACUAUGGAAAAGAUCUUACAAGUGUCCAAAAUUUGCGUAAAAACCAUCAGAGAUUUCAGACAGAGUUAUCCGGCCAUGACAAUCGCAUAAAGAACAUUCAAGAAACUGCUGAUAAAUUACUAAACGAUGAGAGUUAUCCACAAGCUGAUAUCAAAAAUCGUUCCGAAAGCGUCAGCAAUCUAUGGAUGGAAUUGAAAGAUGCCGUUGCAAGAAGGACUGAAAAAUUAGAGCAAUCCUAUGGUUAUCAGCAAUUUAUGUUCGAUGUCGAAGAAGAGGAAUCUUGGAUCAACGAGAAAUUCGCUAUGGUUAAUAGCGAUGACUACGGUGAUAGCCUGGCAACGGUGCAGAAUCUUCUAAAAAAACAUGAAGCUUUUGAGACUGAUCUAGAAAUUAGGCGUGAUCGUGUAGAGAAGACCGUUAGAGAUGGCGAAAAACUAGUCAACGAUGGUCAUUACCAAUCGGAUAAUAUUUCCGCACGAUGUCAGUCACUAGAUUCAAAACUGCAUGUCUUAAUAAAUGUUGCGGUUACACGAAAAGCUGGCUUAAGGGAAUCUCACAAUUUCUUGCAAUUUAAGUGGAAAGCUGACGUUGUUGAAUCUUGGAUAGAUGAUAAAGAAAAUCAAAUAAAAUCCGGAGAUUACGGAAAGGAUUUAUCAUCCGUUCAGGCUUUAAUUACUAAGCUUGAUACCUUUGAUUCUGGACUCGCGGCUUUUGAACAAGAAGGAAUUGCAAAUCUUACAUCCCUCAAGGACGACCUAAUUGAUUCGAAACAUGCCAAAUCUGAUGACAUCCAUGCCCGUCACAAAAAAGUUGCAGAUCGAUGGGAAAAUUUAAAAAAUCUGUCAGCUGAUCGUCGUGGACGCUUGUUGCAAAGCCAAGACAAAUUUAAAGAAUUGGAGGAUUUAUUCUUAACUUUCGCUAAGAAAGCUUCAGCGUUCAACAGCUGGUACGAAAAUGCAGAGGAAGAUCUUACAGAUCCUGUCCGUUGUAAUUCAGUUGAAGAAAUUCAGGCUUUGAGAGGAAAGCAUGCACAAUUUAAAGAUUCGUUGGCAACUGAAAAAAAUAACUUACAGCAAUUAAGAGAUCUAACUAAGAAGAUUGAAACAUAUACAAGAUCUAGCAAUCCAUAUACCUGGUUUACUAUGGACGCUAUUGAAGAUAGUUGGAAAAAUAUCCAAAGCAUUGUUGCUGAAAGAGAUGGAGACCUUGCUAAAGAAGAGGAAAGACAGCUACAAAACGACAAAUUGCGACAGGAAUUCGCAAAAUAUGCUAAUUCAUUCCAUACUUGGUUAAGAGAGACACGAGCAAAUAUGGUAGAAGGCUCUGGAAGCUUAGAAGAUCAACUGGAAAAUACCAAGAAAAUAUCUGCUGAAGUCACUAGGCGAAAAACUGAUUUAAAGAAAAUCGAAGAUUUAGGAGCUCGACUGGAGGAAGCCUUGAUAUUAGAUAACAAGUACACCGAACAUACUACUGUUGGCUUAGCUCAACAAUGGGACCAACUCGAUCAAUUGGGUAUGAGAAUGCAGCAUAAUUUGGAACAGCAAAUUGAGGCUAGGAACAGCUCCGGUGUAUCUGAAGAACAAUUAAAUGAAUUUAGUACGACAUUCAGGCAUUUCGAUAAAGAUCGUUCAGGAAAAUUGGAUCAUGCCGAAUUUAAAUCAUGUCUUCGCUCACUUGGUUAUGAUCUUCCCGUUGUUGAAGAAGGAGAAAAAGAUCCAGAAUUUGAAGCUAUUUUGGCAUCUGUUGAUCCAAAUGGCGAUGGAUUUGUAACACUUGAAGAAUACAUGGCGUUCAUGAUUAGCCGUGAAACUGAAAAUGUUGCCUCAAAGAAAGAUGUUGAAGAUGCUUUCAAAGCCUUAACAGCUGAUGGUGAUAAACCAUACAUUAUAGGAUCGGAAUUAUACCAGUCGUUAACCAAAGAUCAAGCAGAUUAUUUGGUCAAUAACAUGCCUCCCUACCGCAACGCUCACGGAGAUAUUGUUCCCGAUGCAUUUGAUUAUAAGGCUUUCACAAACAUGUUAUUUGUUAGUUAA